AUGGCUGGAGAUCCCUGGUUGGCGAAAUACGAUUCCACCUGGCGCUUAGCGCAGGACAUUGCUGAAAACGUUCAUGACCGUAACCGACAGCAGAGGACGGGAGGUAAUCCGUCCAAGUUUAAUGUGAUGAUUCGGUCAUCUCUACAGCGGCUCCAGGAACAGAUUAACCAGCUGAAGGAUUCCUUGUUGCGAAAUCUGUCCACCCGUCAAAUUACACAGCUUGAAGCUGAUAGGCAUCAAAACAUGCUGGAUGAUUUGUUAACAAGAGAACGGCAGCUUCAAACAUCCUUCAAGAAGGAUGGCACGGAACCUGAAGUAAUGAGGACUAGCCUUAUAAGUACAGAUCCAAAGACUGAUCUCACCAACCCUUGGUUAAUGGAGGAACCAGAAGAAACUAGAGGGCUUGGUUUUAGUGAAAUCAAACAUCAACAGCACAUGAUCAUACAAGAGCAAGAUGCGGGCUUGGAUGCUCUGGUAACAGUGAUAGCCAGACAAAAACAAAUGGGUCGGGAUAUAGGAAAUGAAUUAGAUGAACAAAAUGAAAUCAUCGAUGACCUUACACAUUUGGUGGAUAAAACGGACUCCAGAAUUCAGAAUGAAACAAGACGUGUCAAACUGGUAGAUAGGAAGUCAACAUCUUGGGGGAUGCUGGUGGUAAUUGUUUUACUGCUGGUCGCCAUCGUCGUAGUUGCUGUCUGGCCAAAAGGAUAAUUGAGCAACAAAGGCACAAACAACGUUCAGCAGUGAAUGUGGACUGGAUGUUAAAACUGGACAACAUGUUCCUUCCGAGAUCAACGGAGCAAGAUUGAAUGAAAUAUCCCCAAUCAAGCAAUAGCAAAUGUUUCAAUGUGUAUGACAUACCUCUCUUACCAUUAUUUAAACUGAAUUAAUCAAGGCCUAAAAACAAGACUCAAUUGUCUCAUUACAUUUUUUAACACAUAUUCCCAUUUCAGAUUUAAGAUCCUGUCUUAAAGUCAGAAUAGAUCAUUGUAACUCUUCAGUAAUAUAUCUAAGGGCUGUAUAUAAUGCCUUCAAUUUAACUUACUGUCUGCAUAACCUCAAUCUAUGUAUUUAUUUGUUUUUUCAUAAAAAUAUCCAGAUUUUAAAUCUUUGCAGUUUGUUGCCCUUGCCAAAGCUAAACCACAUUAAAUGUCUAAAUAAAAUACAGUAUAUUUAAGAUACAUUCUCAAAUGGGAAUUAUGAACAUGCUCUGUUCCAUUAUUUCAAUACUUUGUUCUCACAUUCUUUUAUUUUGUGACAUUGCUAAUGUUAAUUUGGUUAUCUGAAUGAGACGGGCAUGAUCAUUUGAAACGCUCCAGAAAUCUGGUUAAAUGAGGCAGCUUUUGCUCACUCACACGACUGCUCUGGUUUCCCAGGAGAAAUGCUUUCCUCGGCCCUUGCGGGGUCAGUGGAGGGGCUCCUGGAAGGGCGCAGGGUGUGUUUGCUAUCUCACUGCCAGUAAACAGAGUCGCUGUUCACAUGCCUUUGUGAAAUUGAAACUUGGAACAAAUUGCUCUCAGUGUGGAAAUUCCAAUCUAACAGAACAGCAAUCAGAAACCAUCUCCUUUUAAUUUCAUGCAGCGAUGCAUUUCCCACAUUAUGUAAGCAAUUUUUUAAAGUAUUGAGUGAAACUAUUCAAAAUAUGGUGUGAAUAAAUAUUUUCCAACUCUUUUA